GACUGUGGCUGUAGAAUAUACUAUCUGCAACGAUGCAGCAGCCACAGAAUAUAUUAUCCAGUCUAGUAGACUGCCCAUCUAUCGAAUGGACCAGUUUCGACAACCUGAGCGUCGCAGCAAGAUCAAUACUCGGCAACCUCCUCACUUCAAACGAAAGCGGUAAUCAGUUUCUCAUCCUCCACAACAUCCCCAAACACGCCAUCGAUAGACUAUUCGGCGAAGAACGCAUUCUACAAGGAGUCGAAUACAGAUUCUCCUUUGAGGGUUCCACAGGCUUACUCAAGAUAAUACCCUCAUAUACACACAACUUCAUAACCCGCAAACUCAGCGGAGAAAUCGAGUGGAUGGUCCGGUCCAUGGGUGUUCCUGCUGAUGACUAUAAUUUCGGCAUGAGGUCAGCGCAUUAUGCCAACACCGAUAUCUCGACAGGAAAAGAGCCAGAUGAGUGUUUCUUUCCUCGAUCUAGAAGACCCGUUCAUUAUGAGUUUAGUGGGUGGCCUACGCUUGUUAUUGAGGCUGGUGUGAAUAAAUCUUUGCCUAGACUGCGUGAAGCUGCGAGAUGGUGGUUUGAUAGUUCUAGUGGAGAUGUUCGGAUUGUUUUACUAGUAGGUGUUGAUAAGAUGAGAGAGGUUAUUAUUGAAAAGUGGCAGUUUGAUGGUCAGCCUUAUUGUGCACAGGUGGUGGUCAUCAAUCCUAUAUAUAUUACUGGACCUCUACUCCUUCAUUUUCAACCCCUUAUGGACCGACCGCCAGUCCGAAAUGAGACGGACCUUGUCUUGGACACACAAGCUUUGAGGAACUGUGGACUUUAAAAUACGAGGAUUUCACAAAAGUACCCUAAUCCCUGCAGUUUAUAUUAACCCAUCCUCCUGUCCAACCAAAUCACCAAAUCAAAUCAUCCAGCCCCCACCCGAAGGAUGCAUAUGCAUGUAUCACCAAAUUAUUGGACCACGUUAAUCUUAACUCUCUUGGCUGGCAAUUAAUAAUAACCUUUGAAGAGAUUUAUCCCUUUUCAAACAUCUAAACAAUAAUUACCUGACUUACCAUCAUGGCGUGGUAUGAUUUCAAACGCC